UAAACUAAUAAUCCCUUGACAGGUUCUGCUGCUCCGAAAAUAUAACAAAGUAUGAGGUGAAGACAUCUAGAAGUUAUUAUCUGUGCACUGGAAAAUACAGGACAAUAAAGUAAAAAACAACAGUGAGAGGAUGUUUUGUUGUUUGAACGUGCUCCCACUGCAGAUCUGCAUGGGAAUGUGCCCGGACAUCUCAGAGGAAGAUAAAAGAGCGAAGAUUCAAAGCAGCAAAAUUGAACAAGCCCUCAAUGAGCAUGCCAGAGCGGACACCAACACAGUGAAAAUCCUUUUACUUGGUGCUGCAGAGAGUGGAAAGAGCACAGUGAUCAAACAGAUCAAGAUAAUCCACAGCAAUGGUUUCUCCAAAGAGGAACUCAUUACUUUCAAGCCUGCAGUAUUGGAUAAUCUGCUGACUUCUAUGAAGAUUGUCUUACAAGGCAUGGGAAUGCUGAGGAUCAACCUUGCAAAUCAAAAGAACAAGAUGCAUGCCUGCUCCAUUCUGUCCUGCAGCCAGUGCUUGGGUGAGGACCUGGAGCUGCACCCCUUCAUCGCUCACGCCUUCUACGCACUGUGGGCCGACCUGGGGGUGAAGGCGGCUGCAGCCAGAGGUUACGAGUUCGAGCUGAACGACUCUGCUUUCUACUUUUUUGAAAACAUCAGUCGCAUCAUCGCUCCCAAUUAUGUUCCUACUGAGACGGAUGUUCUGCGAGUCAGAGUGCGGACCUGUGGGAUCAUUGAAACACAGUUUCAGGUUAAUGAAAUGACAUUUCGGUUGUAUGAUGUUGGCGGUCAGCGGAGUGAGAGAAGGAAGUGGCUGCACUGCUUUGACUGCGUUCAUGCUGUGCUGUUUGUUGUGGCGCUCAGCAGCUUUGAUAUGAAGUCGAUGGAGGUUCCCUCAGUGAGUCGGCUUCAGGAAAGUCUGCAGCUUUUUUCGUCGGUCUGCAGAAACACAGUCUUUCAGAAAACCUGCCUGAUUUUGUUCCUGAACAAAAUGGAUCUUUUCCGUAAGAAAAUCCAACACUCUGGAAGACACUUGAGAUUUUACUUUUCCAGCUAUAAAGGAGCUGACGGGGACGUGGAUGCUGCAGCCUCCCACAUCUCUGAUAUGUUUUUUGAAUGCAACGAUUGUGACCGGCCAAUUUACCACCACUUCACCACCGCCACAAACACGGCCAACGUUCAGGCGGUCCUCCAUGUGGUCGUUAAGCAGAUCAUCGAGGGGAACCUUGCAGCUUUCCAGCUGUUAUAGCUCUCAACAUUUUUAUUUAUUUAUCUUUUAAAAUUGUGUCAAAUGUCUUGUUUUUAUUAAAAACUUAAUACCUUUGAGCAUCUUAUAGAUAAAAUACUUUCUAAAAUUAUACUAAA